CAUUAUGAAAACACUACCUAUAUAUAACUAAAUACACACGUAAUUAAGUAGUCUGCUUAGCAUUUUCAUUAUGCCUUCUGAUUUGUAAUAGAACGCAAAAUGGAAACUUCACAUUAUUUUCGUCGUCAUGGCUUCAUCAUAUUGCUUCUUGUUAUGUUUCUUUCAUCUGUUUCUAAUCUUGCUUCAAAAAUCAACGGGUCUUUUGAUGCAAGAGGCACUAAUUCUAAAGGAUCUCCUCCACGGGGAAAAGAAUAUUCUUUCUGCGGGUUGAAUAACCCGUCUGAGGAUGGUAUCAUAUUUGCACCUAAAUGCGAUAAAGGAUAUUGUUUUUCGCAGAUCAAAUUUGCGGACUAUGGUCAGCCCACUGGUUCAUCAUGUGAAACGCUUAAACGUGGAAACUGCGGUGCGCCCGCUACUUUGAGACUCGUCAAAGAGAAUUGUCUUGGAAAAGAACGGUGUAGGAUUUAUAUUACAGACGAGAUGUUUGGUCCGACACAUUGCAAAGGACCUGUUAACUUCGUUUUUUCUGCAAUUUGUAAAAAGACUUGA